UUUGUAAUACAAAUAAUGUGCAUAAAUCACAGCCCAGUCUCUCCUCUCGUCGCUCCAGGUGAGGUGAAGCAGGAGGGCGGUGGUGUUUUUCGCGAGGGCACACCUUACCAGCGCCGCGGCUCUUUGCAGCUCUGGCAGUUCCUGGUGGCCCUGCUGGACGACCCAGGCAACGCCCACUUCAUCGCCUGGACCGGCCGCGGCAUGGAGUUCAAACUCAUCGAACCAGAAGAGGUUGCCAGGCUGUGGGGCAUGCAGAAGAACCGUCCAGCCAUGAACUAUGACAAGCUCAGCCGCUCUCUGCGCUACUACUACGAGAAGGGAAUCAUGCAGAAGGUGGCAGGGGAGCGCUAUGUUUACAAGUUUGUGUGUGAGCCCGAGGCCCUCAUCUCCCUGGCCUUCCCCGACAAUCAGCGGCCCAGCCUGAAGGCCGAGUUCGAGCGCUACGUCAACGAGGAGGACACGGUGCCCCUGUCCCACCUGGACGAGGGAGUGCCCUACGCCACGGAACAAGCCCCCCAAAACAUGGGCCCGCAGCCCUACUCCAAAGGCUACAUGUACUAAAGCCAGUCCCCUCCCUCCCUCCUCCCUCCCCACCCUCAGAAAUCUUCCUGUUGUACCAACCCAUCAUCAUACACACCCUGAAACCCUACGCACCUCUUGCACAUGCCCACCCCAUCCACUUGUAUAUAAGGCUAUGGUGUUUUUGUUUUAAAUUAAUCUCAUUAGGGAUUUUUUUGUUUGUUUUUAAGAGCUGCAUUCCCCUCACAUCUGAGGCCUAUUCAAUCCAUAAACAUGACUGUGGUUGAAGAGAUUGCUUAAUAAAUACCCAUAAUAAUACCCAAA